UCCCGGAUGUCUUUUACGCCGGAAGAGAAGCGCGAGUCUUUUCCAGCCAUCUUGUGGCAUCUUGCAGCGAAGUGCUCGCUCAAGCCCCGUAGAAUCGGAGGAGAAUCCUGCUGAAAGGGGGCCAUCAUGCCCGGACAUCUGCAAGAAGGUUUCUGCUGUGUCGUAACCAAUCGGUUCGAGCAGCUAUUUGAUGAUGUAGAGGAUCCGUUUGAGGUGUUAAAGCAGGCAGAAAAGAAGAAGAAGGACGCGACCGCUCCUGGUGCCGCCAAGACCGCAGCGCAGGCUGCGAAGCAGUCCAAAAAGGAGUCACAGAAAGAAAGAAGAAACCCAGCUCCCGAGAAGAAGGAAGAGACACAAGCUCCCGUUCCUCUCAAGAAAGAUGGCAUGAGGAAAAUGGGACGCCGACCGGAGCAGCAGGGUCAGCCAGGAUCCCAGCCGCAGGGAGGUCAGGGGGAGGGUCGUCCACCAGCCGACAGGCGACCUGACAGGAGGCCACCACGUGAACGACGCUUUGACAAACCCGCUGAUGAAAAACCUGCUGAGGGUGGAGAAUUCUCAGUGGAGAAGUCUGUCAGUGACAGGCCGUUCCGGGGUCGUGGAGGUGCCAGAGGAGGACGCGGAGGCCGGGGCAGAGGUGUUGGCAGGACUGACGGCUUUGACUCCCGCGGCAAACGCGAGUUUGACAGACACAGCGGCAGCGACCGAUCCAGCCUGAAAGCAGAGGAAAAACGUGGAGGGAGUGGAUCGCAUAACUGGGGCACUGUUAAGGAUGAGUUGAGCGAGCUUGACCAGUCAAAUGUCACUGAGGACACCCCUGAAGGAGAGGAGCACCCACCUGCUGACUCGGAGAACAAGGAGAAUGAGGUUGAGGAGGUUAAAGAAGAUGGUGCUAAGGAGAUGACUCUGGAUGAAUGGAAAGCCCAGCAGAGUAAAGAGAGAGCCAAAGUGGAAUUCAACAUUCGUAAGGCCAAUGAGGGAGCCGAUUGGAAGAAAGGAUACGUUCUGCACAAGUCUAAGGCUGAGGAUGCCUCUGCUGAUGAUGCCGCUGGGGAUCACCACUUCCGUAAACCAGCUAAUGACAUUACAUCCCAGCUGGAGAUUAACUUCGGGGACCUGGGCCGCACAGGACGUGGUCGUGGAGGACCACGAGGUGGCAGAGGAGGCCGUGGAGCUGUUGCUGCUACCAGACCACCUCGCGAACGCAGGCCAGACAAGGCCGGUGGAGUGUCUGUCCCUAACGUGGAUGACCCAGAGGCUUUCCCAGCCCUGGCUUAAGCUGCCAGACGGCAUGCUCUGCUCACCCAGGAGGAUCACUCCUCCACGGGUCCUUGUCUACGAGGCUUGCAUGCUAAUGGAUCCUUCAGCAGAUGAAAUGAUGGAAGACUGUCAUCCAUGCCAUUCACCCCUGAGGACUGAUUUUACCUGUUUUAGAAAAAAAGAUGGAAAAUUAAAAAAAAAAAAAAAAGAACGGACUUCUUGCUAUUCUGAAGCAAAUUAUUGGUCGAGGUUUUGUAUUUAGAAAUAAGGUAGCAGGGAUGUUUUCAUACAGUGUUUCUUUUGUUGUUGUUUCUUUUUUUUCUCAGAAAUUAUGCAUUGUUCAUGGAUACUUUUUGUACUGCUGCUUGAAAAUAUGCAUUUCCAAAAAUAGGUGUGAAGAGCACACCGGUUUAUCUUAAGGUGUCCGGUAGCUUGCUUUUUACACGAAAAAGCCUCAUAACAAGGCAGCCAUUUCAGGUGCAAGAUCUACAAGUUAGUCUUUUAAUUUGUAAAGGUUAUUGCAUUUCUAAGGGAAAUUACAGAGCAUUUUGGUUCUGCUCAUUGUUGAAUUAAACACCUCGGUUCCCUGAAA